UCUUCAUCAACACAAUCAUUUCAAAAUCAAUUCAUCUACACAAAACCAACAAAUUACAUUUGCAAAAUCUACAAACAAACCACUUCUUUGAAUAGCAAUGGAUUUCAGGCUAAUGGGAAUCGAUCAUCCACUCCUCAACACUUUCUACCACAUUCUCGACGACGAUCACCAGGGGAGCAACAACAAGAACAAGUCUGAACAGGCGAGGAGCUAUGUUCGCGAUGCCAAAGCAAUGGCGACGACUCCAGCUGAUGUGAAAGAGUAUCCGAACGCCUAUGUGUUCGUUGUGGAUAUGCCUGGAUUGAAAUCAGGGGAUAUUAAGGUCCAGGUGGAGGAUGAGAAUGUGCUGGUGGUUUGCGGAGAGCGGAAGAGACAAGAGGAAGAAGGCGUCAAGUAUGUGCGGAUGGAGAGGAAGGUCGGGAGGUUUAUGAGGAAGUUUGUGUUGCCUGAUAAUGCUGAUUUGGAGAAUAUUAAGGCGGUUUGUCAGGAUGGUGUGUUGAGUGUUACGGUGGAGAAGUUGCCGCCUCCGGAGCCCAAGAAGCCUAAGACCAUUGAGGUUCAGAUUGCCUGAGUGACGAUGAAGCUUCGAGAUUGUUGUGGAGUUCUUUAUUUUGUUGUUGAAAAUAACUAGUUUUGUGUUACGUUGUUGAUACUUGAAAGCUACUGCUUAAUCUGUAAUGGGUGUGAUUUUGCUUUAUAUUCAAUGGAUGUGAUUUCUUAUUGCUUA